AGAGGUGAAGGGGUGGAUGGUUGGCUGUGAAAGGGGCGGUGAGUAAGCUGCUCCGGUUUCUAGGCGAGGCUUGACCGCCUCAGGCGAGACGGGGGCAAGCGGCGGCGGUGGCGGCCCUCGGGCCGGCUGGUGAGACGAUGGCGGCGCCGGGCCCGGGGGCUGGAGCGGCCUCGGGCGGCGCGGGUUGUAGCGGCGGCGGCGGCGGCUCGGGCGCCGGCUCGGGCUCCGGGUUGGCGGGGGCCGGAGGCCGGCUGCCCAGCCGGGUGCUGGAGUUAGUAUUCUCCUACCUGGAGCUGUCCGAGCUGCAGAGCUGCACCCUGGUGUGCAAGCACUGGUAUCGCUGCCUGCACGGCGAUGAGAACAGCGAGGUGUGGCGGAGCCUGUGCGCCCGCAGCCUAGCAGAAGAGGCUCUGCGCACGGACAUUCUCUGCAACCUGCCCAGCUACAAGGCCAAGGUACGUGCUUUCCAACAUGCCUUCAGCACUAAUGACUGCUCUAGGAAUGUCUACAUUAAGAAGAAUGGCUUCACUUUACACCGAAACCCCAUUGCUCAGAGCACUGAUGGUGCAAGGACCAAAAUUGGUUUCAGUGAGGGCCGCCAUGCAUGGGAAGUGUGGUGGGAGGGCCCUCUGGGCACUGUGGCAGUGACUGGAAUUGCCACAAAAUGAGCCCCCAUGCAGUGCCAAGGUUAUGUGGCAUUGCUGGGCAGUGAUGACCAGAGCUGGGGCUGGAAUCUGGUGGACAAUAAUCUACUACAUAAUGGAGAAGUCAAUGGCAGUUUUCCACAAUGCAACAAUGCACCAAAGUACCAGAUAGGAGAAAGGAUUCGAGUCAUCUUGGACAUGGAAGAUAAGACUUUAGCUUUUGAACGUGGAUAUGAGUUCCUGGGGGUUGCCUUUAGAGGACUUCCAAAGGCCUGUUUAUAUCCAGCGGUUUCUGCUGUAUAUGGCAACACAGAAGUGACUUUGGUUUACCUUGGGAAACCUUUGGAUGGAUGACAGUGGCUUUCUUGUGAUGAAAGACAGAGUUGAGGAAAUAUCUGCUUGUGGAAAGUAGAAUCAUGAAGUGACAGUGUCAUACAUGCAUGCCCAAGAAACAUCCUGAAAAACACAUGAAAUUGUUAACUGGAGAAGCAACUCUACAGCAGAGAUUAUCUUAGUGUUUCCUCUUUCUACUGGGCCAGAAAAAUCCUCAGGGUUGCAGUUGGUUGAGUGGGCAGUUGACAUAUGCAUGUUGCGACAGAUUUUGUCUCCAAGUUAACAAUGCGUUAACUCCAACUUUUAAGGUGAGAUUUUAGAGAUGCUAUAAAAGGGAUAAGAUAAGGAAAUAGUAAGAUUUUUAAGUAGUAUGUUUGUGAAGAAAGACUGAUCCUAUUUUACAACUGCCUGUUUUUUCUCCAGACCCUUUUCCAACCAGCUUGACUAUUAGAAAAGUAUGCAACUGGUUGGGUUUUAUUUAAUAUUUUUAAUAUAUUGAGAAGCAUGGUCUGCCUGGACUGCACUUCUCUAGCAGUGAGAUGUAAAAUUGUGCAGCUAUUUUAAAAGUUGUAUAUAAAAUAUGUGUAUUAAAAAAAAACCAAACAGGACAAAGGGAUUGCUUUGUUCUAGUUCAAUUUCUUAAAAACCACUACAUGGUACAAAAUUACAGUAACAUUUAGGGACAGUUGGGUAACUACAAAGAAGGGGAUUUUAAGAGGAGAUGUUGCAUUGGCUCAUUUUGUAUUUGGUUUACAGUAUGCAUAGCUAUUACAGUCUGGUUGUUUUGUUUUUUCUUUAAGGAUCAAAAUUAUUGUAAAGAUUCCUCAAUCUUCUGGCUAAUGAUUGAGGGAAGUCAAAUCUAUUGCUAAUCAUACAUUUAUCAGUAAUGAGAAUGUGCAUCUGAUUUUAUUUUUUGGCUUCCUGAGAAAGUGUCUCAUAACAACACAGAGCAUUGCCAUUUGCUCAUAUAGGCCUCAAAUAUAAAAUCUGUCAGUCACAGACCUUAGGAAAAGGAUUGGUUAAUGGUCCUUCUAUUUUGUAGCUUUAUAAUAUUGUAGAUAUUAUAAAUUUUUUAAAAAUUUUAUAUCGUUUACAUCAUGCAGCAGUCUAAGCCUCAGACUCUUCAUUGGGGUUAUCAAGAACAUGUUUACUUAUCCACCUGAAACAGUGUCAAUCUGAACCCAGGUUAAGAAUGUUCUUAAUCUCAUAGAUAGUUGUCCCCUUGGGACUGAAAUAAAACACCUUGUGCUGAAAACUUCAGAUGGGUUUCAUCAACUUUGAAGGUUUCAUUGUAGAGGAGCUUAACAUUAAUUCCCAUUCUAAAUUUUUGACUAAUAAAUCUGGUUUUGCUAAUAGUCUUACAAAUUAAUAAUCUAACAUGCAAACUAAGAUUUUCUUUUGUUAUAAGAAACAAACAUCUUUCUGUAUGAAAGUAUAAAUUGUAUGACUGCAGAUACAUCUUUGUGAUAAGAAUUGAUUAAGGCAAGUGGCAUCUUUGUACAUCUUAAGUUAUCGCUGUAUGUACAUUUUGUUUUAAAUCUAACAAAUUUAGGGACAGCAUGCAGCUGUCUAGGGUUCUUGGGUUGUUACUUGAGAGUUAAGAUUAUCAAUACUAUGAAGCAGGGGAUUUCAGUCAAUGAACAAAGAUUUAUUUUUGCCACCUGACAGGUUUACAAACAUUUUUUGUGUGUUUGGUAUGUUGCUUAAAGGUGAAAUCUUAAAGAUCCUUUUUGAUAUCCAUGUAAUAGAAGCCUGGAAACCAUGUUUAAUAGUGCAGAGUGAAAUUAUGUGUGAAAUGUUUUAGACAAUAUAGCUGCUAGAGAUACUGAUUUUUCUUGGUGUAGAACAACUCCAUUUGGCAAAGUUUAACAUUUAAGAAAACUGGUUCAGAUGAAGACUGAGCUAGUUAGAAAACAUUAAAAUACUUUAAGUACUUGUUUCUUUUUUAGGUUGUGAUAUGGCCAAUUCCAAGGGCUUUUGCUGAGAAUUUUGUCUCUAACUUCUGUGUUGUCUUAUUAGUGAUUAUUCAUAUAUGACAAAGUUUUGGAGGUGCUGAAUGGAAAACAGAAACACAUGGUUAUUGCAUAUUGAACCUAGAAUCAAAUAAUUGCCUAAAUAUUUAACAAUAAGCCAUUCUUAGCUCAAAGAUUUAAAUUCCCUAAUAUCCCAUUUGCAAAUUGUAUAAAAUGUAAGUUCAGGAUGAGCAUCAGGAGAAUGAAAAGCCUUCAUUUUAUAACCUGAUGAAGUUUGUUACUGGAGACAAGUAGUAGCUGUACAGAAUAUUAAACUGCUACAAUGUUCCAGGAAAAGCAAUCUCUUUAUCAUUAGUGCUGAAAGAGCAUUUAGGUAGAAGACAGUUGAACCUGAAGAUUGAGUAUAAAUCAUCAAAACCAGUGGUUCUCAACUUUAACUGUACAUUGGAGUCAUGUGUGUUUUGAAAAAUAUGAUUAAGUCCCAUUCCCUAAGAUUCUGAUGUUGGUCUGAGAUACAGAUUUUUUUAAACUUCUUAGAUUUCAAUCUGCUGCCAAGAUUAAGUUCUAAAUUCAUCUUAAGUUUCUUAUCUGCAAAAUAAAAAAAAAAAACUCUUGCUGCCUCCCUUCACUACCUCACAAGAAUAUUGAGGGUAAAGGAGAAAAUAAUGGGAAAGUGCUUGUGUGAUGGAUAAAAAAUGCUAUUGAAAGGUAAAGAGGUUAUUCGUUGUAUUUCAACUGAAACUAUGAUCCGGAAAAAAUUUCAUUGAAUUUACUUUGCUGAGUUGGGAAAUUGGGAGCAUUCUCUUUGGUUCAAGCAUGCAGAUGUGUAAACAAACAUUACUAUUACUCAUACUAUGGUCUUCUGUCAUACUUGAGAUAGGCUGUUAUAAUUAUCUGGUUUUACAUAAGAAAGAAGAAAUAUUAAGGCUUAAAGUCUGUAAUGGUAAAUGGCUCAUAAUUCAUUAAAACUUCAUACAAAGAA